AUGAAGGGCUUGAGACCGAACCGGACCUCGCUGGGACCUUCGUGUGUCGGGGUGGGGAACAUGCUGGCCUGGGCCAUGCUGAUUUUCCUGCCACGCUUGUCCUGUGAUCCAGGAUCAGUCUCUGACUCUUCCUAUGAAAAAGCCAUUCCCAGGAAUCUGACAGUUCGUGACAGGGAAGACUCGGGGGAAGUGGCGUCCUACGAGCUAGUCAUGCAUGGCCAGAGGCAGCGCAUGCACCUGGAGGUGCAGAGAGACUAUUUUGCGAGUGACUUCCCAGUCUUUUCCUACCACGGCGGCAUUCUGAGGCAUGAACAGCCUUUCACCCCACACGACUGUCACUAUGAAGGCCACUUGGAAGGAGUACUGGGUUCUUUCGUUUCCGUCAGCACCUGCGCUGGCCUCAGAGGCAUCCUGAUUAAGGACGAACAGUACUACGGCAUCGAGCCCGCAGACCCUUCCGAAGGGCUGGAACACGUGCUGUACCCCACGGUCCAGCAAAGCCAAACCUCGUGUAGCAGCGUUGCCCACACUAACCACCGCCAGGAGGAGCCUGGUGGCCCGCGACAGGACAGCAGGAAGCCCAGCAGAGUCCAGGCACAGUCCUCCUUGUGGUCCCGCACCAAGUACGUGGAGAUGUUUGUUGUGGUCAGCCACCAGCGGUUCCAGAUGUGGGACAGUGACAUCCGUGAGACAGUGCAGAAGGUAAUGGACAUCAUUGCCCUGGCCAACAGCUACACGAGGGGAAUAAACACCGAGGUGGUGCUGGCCGGGGUGGAGAUUUGGACCGAGGGCGACCCCAUCGAGAUCCGGGCAGACCUGCAGGAAACCCUCCGGAACUUCAACAGCUGGAGACGAGCGCAGCUCUCCCACCGAGCGCCACAUGACGUGGCCCACCUGAUCGUCGGGCACGGCGCUGCAGAGGACUCGGGCCAGGCAUUCUUCAGUGGAGCCUGUUCAAGUGAGUUCGCGGCUGCCGUCGAAUCCUUCCCCCACGAAGAUGUGCUCCUGUUCGUGGCGCUCCUGGUCCACGAGCUCGGGCACAACUUGGGCAUCGGGCACGACCGUGCUGCCUGCGUUUGUAAGAGUCAACACUCUUGCCUCAUGCACAAGAAUAUCAGUCAAGAAACUGGCUUCAGCAACUGUAGCUCCGACGACUACUACCGCUUCCUCCAGGCGCACGGGGAGUCGUGCCUGUUCAACAAGCCUCCGAGUCCGAGCCGCCAGCGCCGGCAGGCCCUGUGUGGGAACGGGAAGCAGGAAGGCCACGAGGAGUGCGACUGCGGUGACCAGUGCGCCAGUAGCAGGUGCUGCACCAGCAGCUGUAAGCUGAAGGGCCAGGUGGAGUGCGGAGGCGGGGACUGCUGCAGCGAGGACUGUAAGGUCCAACCCAAGGGCUACGUAUGCCGGGCUGAUGUUCUGGACUGCGACCUCCCCGAGUACUGCGACGGGGUCAGCUCGGAGUGCCCCCAAGACCUCCACAAGGUGGAUGGGUCCAAGUGCGAAGAGAUGUACAUGUGCUCUGACGGCAAGUGCAAGAGCCACAAUUCGCAGUGCAAGGCGCUGUUUGGAGAUUCUGCGACCUCGGCCUCAGAGAGCUGUUACAUAAGAGUGAACAAGCAGGGGAACAGGUUUGGAAACUGCGGCCGUGCCAGCUCCGUGGACAUGACAUACACGAAGUGUUCAAGGGAAAAUAUGUAUUGUGGGAAAAUCGUAUGUACAAAUGUUGACGUGUUGCCAAACAUCGAGGAGUAUUAUACAGUGAGUAGCUUCUGGCAUGAUGGCAGCUACUGCUGGACCAUGGACGCCUAUCGCACUGAUGACAUCCCUGACCGUGGGGACAUAGAUGAUGAGACUGGCUGCCACCCAGAGAAAGCCUGUCAGGAAAGCACCUGUGCUGACUUCGUUCCCAAUCUCUCCUGCAGAGUCGAGCAGUGUAACCUGCAUGGGGUCUGUAACAAUUUGAAUAAGUGUCAUUGCUUCGCAGGCUUUGCCCCUCCAACCUGCGCUCAGAGAGGUGCUGGGGGCAGUGAGGACGGUGGCUCCCCCGUCGAACCAGACGCCUCAAAUCCAAAGAAAGAUAAGGGCUCAUCCACAGGUGACAAAGGGCUGAGCAUGGCAGUCCUCAGCGCCCUUCUCUUUUUGCUUCUACUAACGUUAAUCAUAAUUAUCAGUGCCAUCAUAUUUAGCAAAAAGCGAGAACCUCCUCCUCCAACAUCGCAAGAAGCCGAAGAGCUCACAGAGGAGACCCCAGAGUCUGAAGAGCCAGAGGAAGAAGAGCGCGGGGUGGAACAGGAAGAGGGAAAGGAAGAGAAUUAA